UGCUACAAUUGAUUGAGAAGUCCGAAAAGGGGGAACAGAAAAACUGCAUUUCAGCUGCCCUUAGGCUCCAAAGAAUUUCCAGCUUUACUUCUUCAAGAUGCAUACAGAGACAAUCACCUUUCAGAUUGUAGUUGUGUGCAUUGCAUUGCUAAUGGUCAGCCAGCAGAUUUCAUCUAUUCCAAUCCAGUCUGAGCUAUCCAAAUCCAGAUCAGAAAGCCUGAAGGUUCUACACAGGAUGGCACGCAUGACCCCCCUCUGGAGAUCAAUGGGCAGCAAGCCUCAUGGGGCAUAUUGCCAUGACCACCAUGAAUGUUCCACUAAGAUGUGCAGCAAUGGACACUGUUCGCUUAGCCAGCCACACAAAUUAUAGAAGACUCCCGGUGAAGACAAGACCGACAGUUCGCGGGCUGCAUUCCCAAUGGCUUCAUUCCUUGAAAUCCUUUAAUGUAGCUGUAGUGCAUACUAUACGCUGAAGAUCUGCCUGCCUGCGACUUGACUACAAGGACUUCGACUGAAGGACCUCGAAAGCAGAGGAACACGACUGACCUGAUGGGCACAUGAUGAAAAGAAAUCUCCUCAUUUUAUUGGCAAUGUCGGGUGUAUAAUCGAUUUCAAUCUGCUCGCUCCCUAAACCUUAUAGUUUAAAUUUGGCGGGCAAAUUGUCAGCGGGAACUCCGCCUAUACCCGCGAGAAGUCUUCUCGUUUUACAGCUUGAUCUUUCAGUUAAAGGCAGUCGGAUGCUGUCCACCGCAAAAAAAGCGAUGCUACUUUGCAAAUAUACUUGACUUUAUUGAAAUCUUAGACCUGCUUGUUAUAACAUGAAUAUUUCAACAAUAGCAAUUAACACAUAACAACGAAGGUAAUGUGUUAAAGACAUAGCUGGAUUUGGAGGUCUAAAAUACCAUAUAACAUCCAAACGACUUAGUUGUUAAUCAGUACUUGAUGACAUAUCAGAUACAUGUUUUUGUGUAGGUGGUUAAAAUAUUCAAAAUGAAAGAUGCGACAUAGAUUAUGGGCCGAUAGAAAUAAUUAGAUAUACAUAACAUGCAUCCUAAUCACUCAAAUAGUAGCUGUAAUUUAAAUGGAAUUAAAGAACCUGUAUUUUCAGCGCUGGACAGAUUUCCUUAUUUGGAAUUUUUAAAAAUUGAGACGAGUCAUGAGCUUGCGAUGUGUGCGUCAAGAUAGCGGCAUUUGAGUUUAGUGGAAGCGAGACGGCACCAUUCGCGACAUCUGAUAUGUGACUCCGUCUACGAAGUGUUGUGACUAAACAGCCAGCGGGAGUCACGACGGCCUUACUCAGCCGGUUUGAGACGCCGAAGGACUGCUCGUUUUUUUCUCGUUUGUGUUGACCACUUAUUGCCGUAAGCUGUAAACAGAAAUUUGAAUUUGAUUAACCUUUCUGAAAUGAAACGCAAACUUAAGAUGUCUUUGGAGGGAAAAAAACGAGAUGUUUGAUUCGUUGUCUAGUUGUAACUAUAAUUUUAAAUCCUUUAUAAAAUAUUGUAUUCCUCCUUUAUGAUUUGUUUUUGCAAAUACAUUUGCUGUAUGACAUAUAUAGUGAUUUGUGUUUAAGUGGAAAUAGUAAUUGCAUGUAAAGCAGGGACUGAGUUCAUCCCAAAGGCCAAUAUUCACCAGUUUAUUUAUUUUUCUACAUGUGCCUUUUCCAUUUAUGUUCAAGCCAAAAACAUGUGUUUAGAUGGUACCUAUUCAUCCGUUUUCUUAAUGGCUGUGCUAUUUCAGAGUCAUGAUUGGCUGUGCUUAUUCUAGCAGAAGUGGGUGCAAAGCGGGGGUGUUAUGAACAUAUAUGGGCCCCUUGGGCACAAAGUCUGAUUGUCACGGAUGUCCUCGUUUCAAAUCAGAUGGGACAUUGAAUUCCACUUGGCACAGAUAUCAUGGGCCGCAUGGCGAAAGCCAUGUGAGUACCGUUAUCCGAUGCAUCUUUUUACCGAAAAAUGGUGCGCUAACGGGACAGAACAGGUCCCCCCUAAUCCAGUUCAGAAGCUUUGGUUGAAUCAGCCCUACGGGUCUCCAAUCCAUCAGACUGCCAGCACUGGCUCACAGGGCACAUUCGCAGUAUCCCCAGGCAUACCUCUUUGGGGAUGUGGGAAGAAAAAUUGUCGUCUGAUUAAAUCAAAAGCCGAUGUACACACCUUUGAUUGUGCUUGGCUAAAACCUUUAAAUUCAUACAAACUGACCGUUACCCACGGAUGAUUUAUACUUUUGCUGCAUGUGUUCCAAGGAUAAUUGGAGAAUAUUUAUGUCUGGCAAAUAAAGAGAAUCGUGUAACAGGUUUUGUUUAACGAUAAUGUCAUAAAAGAAAGAAAGAAAGAAAGAAAGAAAGAAAGAAAGAAAGAAAGAAAGAAAGAAAGAAUUGGAACCACAAAGACGAUAGGCUGAAAAUUAUCCAAUUCUGGAAAUACUGAUUGCAAUAGAUAAAUAAGUUGAGUAGCGAAAAGAGAUGUCAAACCCCUCAAAUGUCUCGUGUAAGUAAAAAGAAAGAGAGUCGAAAACGUGUUAACGGCCCAAACUAUGAAGAGAUGCCCCCGACAUUCCAAGGUACUGUAUGUUGUGAACAUGUUUAGGUUAUGAAAAUGAGUUCCCGGUCAGAGUUAUGAAUUUCCUUAAAGGUCACUUAAAUAUAAACUAUUUCUUAAUGAUUCCGUGCAGUUCACCUAUUUCCUCGAAUGAUCUUGCGCAUAAGGAUGUGAAAGUUAUACACUUAAUUAUUAAGACGUAUUUCUUAUUUUUAGCAGUUUUUUCAUCCAGUAAAUUCUCAACUUUUUCAUCUGAAUAAGAUUGCGGCAAAAGUCACGUACAGAAAGGCAUACGUUUUCAGUUAAUCAGUGUAAAGCUGAAUUGACGUACACGAUGUCGUAAUCUGCCUCUAGAUAGUACGUCGACCCGUUUUAAGUAAUACAGCGAGCUGAAUCAACUAGUUUCAGGUCUCUGCAAUUUACAUAUCCCACACUUACUGUUUUUUGGUAAAGCAUUUUAUGAUGACGUUAAUUGCGGAUGAAUGACACUAAGCAGAAAAAGACUUAUGGUCAACCUAAAAUGAGCUGCACACGAUACAUUGUAAUUGGGAUGUGGUGUAUGUUUCGUAUAAGAGAAGUAGUAAUAACCUACACAUCAAAAAUUCUUUCUGUCACAAUUCGAAUCCUUCGGUUACAGGGGGUAUUCCACAAGUAUUCCGCAAGCAGCAGACGCAUUUGCCUGCAUAACCUGGACGCCAAUUAGUUUUGGAUUGUAAACGCACGCGCCCUUGCUCAAACUGCAUUAAUUAUACAAGCAUGAAGUUAAGAUGUACAUCCUCAGCCUGUGACAAAUAAGUUACACGAUGAUGAAAGUCCAGCAAUCACGACAUGCAGAUGGCAGCCCACACUAUAAAAAAUCAAGGUGCCAAAGAUUUCUGUUUUGUCCAUAUAUUAAGAAUCUUUUCAAAACCCAAAGAACCAAUUUUAUAUGUAAAGACGCCUUUCCAGAAUGAAAUGGGUAUUUUUAAAGCAAUGGUUCUACGAGGAACCAUUUAGCUCAAUAAAGUUGUGUAGUGUGCAAACAACCAUUAUUUUUAAGAGUGCAUGCAGCUGUAUAAGCGCUGUUGUGGCUGGCAACACCACAUUUUUAGUAUUCUACGGAUAACCAUUCGACAUUUUGUACGGCGUAUUGUGAAACAAAGGACAAAAUCGUACAUCAUUUCUCCAUCCAUAUUCAGAACAGCAUAAGCAAUAACCGAAUGUUUGGAUACUCCAUAAGGAAGCUCCCCCAUACUCGAAAAACAUGUACAUGUUGGGCUUGAUUAGCAUGAUAAAUUAACCGUGCAGUGUCAGUGUGCCACAUGAACUAGGGCUUUAUUUAGGGCUGCUCCCACUUUGUCCUCAUAAUGCCGGGAUAAACUUCGACUUCUGAGAUUUUAUAUUUAUGGAAUUCAGCCGGCUCAAUUUUCUUAGACGAUAAGCACUCUUUUCACUUUUCCAUAAGACUCUGAGCUAUCUGUACUGACGGCCUUUUUUACUCGCGCAGAUGACCGCUUAACUUUCUGUGUGAUCGCUUCUUGUGUCGAUUUUUGCCCGUUCUUAAGCUAGUUAAGGUUCGUUCUGGAAGUUCCUAAAGCUAAAGAUCUGCGCCUACGUUGCUCUGUCCAGCGUACGGGGUGGGCAUUGUAAUGGACUGGCAUGUUCUUGCCUUGAGUCUAUUGCUGCCGGUAUUCCUUCUGGAUCUCAGCGAGUUUUUUGUGGAAAAUAAAGUUCAGAAAAUGGGUCCUGCUUGAACAUUGCAGUUAUAAUAAUAAUAAUAAUAAUAAUAAUAAUAAUAAUAAUAAUAAUAAUAAUAAUAACAACACGUGUUGUUAUUAUAAUUAUUAUUAUUAUUGGACUUGUAAUUUGUAUUUGUAAAAAAAUAUACUCGAUGUGAAAAAUGCGAGUCGUUUCCAGCACAUUGGUGUUUGACACCACACUAGAUGCUUUGGUACUUUUAAUUAUUAAAAUAGUAAAAUCGACUCAUUGUCCAUUUUCCGUAUUUGUAGGAAUUUGUCUAACCAUGCAGAGCAUUUCAUAUUCACGAAUACUGGCAAACAAAGACAAUAAGACAUGGAAACAUCAAAUGUAAUUUUUACUGAGAUUAUGAAAAGCGUUGGUAAUGGCUUUAGUUAGGUGGCACUGGGUAUUUGUGACAUGAUGUUAUUUUAUUUUGCACAGUGAUAUUUUUAGGAGCUUGCUUCUCCCCUUUAAGGCGAUUCUCAAAUUAGGAAUAAGUCCGGCCUCUGAAAGCCCCGCUGGGCUGGUGCGCUUCUUAAUGAACGGUAAACUACGACCCAGCUCUGCCGGAGCUCUCAUUCCACCCGAGUAGACCCCUCUGUGCACUUUCUGAAAUUUUGAUGGUGUUAAACGGUUUUUUUUUUUAUUUAAUUUCUGCUAACUUGUGACUGUUUGUGAAAUAAUUUAUUUUGCUUUGCUACUUUUAUAAAAGGAUUGUAUGCUUGUAUUUGUUGUGCUUGUAUGUCUAUUUUGGAAUCUAUUUUGUCUUCCAAAUACUUUCGUUUUACAAUUUGCUGGGUUCAGUAACCUUAUUAUAUCAUUAAAGCCAACUUUAAACAUC